AUGGAAGAAAAGCUCCAGGCGCAUCAGGUGGAGAUCGACCCGGAUUUCGAGCCGCAGAGCCGUCCCCGCUCCUGCACUUGGCCUCUCCCCCACCCCGACUUGGAGGAGGAAGAUGGGGGCGCGGGGGGAACCCCGGCGCUGGCGGCCGGCGGGGACGGAGCCGAGAACGCGGCGGCCCCGGUGGAGCGCAGAGUGGCCGCCGCUCCCCCGCCGCCCCACGGCGCGGAUGUGGGGCAGCUCCGCAAGGCCAAGACCUCCCGGCGCAACGCCUGGGGCAACCUCUCCUACGCCGACCUCAUCACCAAAGCCAUCGAGAGCUCGCCGGAGAAGCGCCUCACCCUCUCGCAGAUCUACGACUGGAUGGUGCGAUACGUCCCCUACUUUAAGGAUAAAGGAGACAGCAACAGCUCCGCCGGCUGGAAGAACUCCAUCCGGCACAACCUGUCCCUGCACACGCGCUUCAUCCGCGUGCAGAACGAGGGCACGGGCAAGAGCUCCUGGUGGAUGCUGAACCCCGAGGGCGGCAAGACGGGCAAGACGCCGCGGCGGCGCGCCGUGUCCAUGGACAACAACAGCAAGUUCCUGCGCAUCAAGGGCAAGGCCAGCAAGAAGAAGCAGCUGCAGGUGACGCAGGAGCGCGGCGAGGACAGCCCGUCCUCCCAGCAGCCCAAGUGGUCGGAGAGCCCCGCGUCCCACGCCAGCGAUGAGUACGACGCCUGGGCGGACUUCAGGACGCGGGCCAGCUCCACGGCCAGCACGCUGAGCGGGCGCCUCUCGCCCAUCAUGGCCAACCAUGAGCCGGACGAGCUGGAGGAGGAUGAUGGCACCCCCUCGUCGCCGCUGAUGUACCCCAGCCCUUCCAGCACCAUGUCUCCUUCCCUCAGCGCCCGCUGCUCCGUGGAGCUGCCCCGGCUGACCGACCUGACCGGCACCAUCAGCCUGAACGAGAGCCUGGGGGAGAGCAUGCUGGAGGACCUGCAGGAUGGCUACAGCAUGAGCCCCUCGCAGCAGCUCCCCCCAGCCGCCCUGCGGCAGAGGAGCUCCAGCUUCACCUUCAACUCCAAGUGCUCCAGCAUGGGGGCCGGCUCCAACACCUACUGCGGGACCAUCUACAGCCAGCCGGCCAUGGGCCUCAUGCGCCGCCUGCCCAUGCAGACCAUCCAGGAGAACAAGCAGGCCACCUUCUCGCCCGCCAGCUCCUACAGGAACGCCUCGCUGCAGGACCUGCUCUCCUCCAUCUCCUACGCGCACAAGGAGAGCAUGGUCCCGGGGGAGCUGCCCCCCCUGCCGCAGGCCAGCCCCAUGGUGCCGGCCCGUGGCCACAGACACAACCCGCUGCUGUGUGGGGCUGGAGAGCAGGCCCUGUCCUCCUACCCGCCCCACCCGGGCUCUCUGAUGAAGAGCAACGCCCUGUACCACCCGUCACCAGCCGGCCACCACCCUGCGGUCAGCACCAGUGCCUUAGCCAAUCCUGUCAGCCUUAUGAGCCUGCCCAGUGAGUCGUGCAGCAUGACGGCCGUGCCGCACCACCACGGGCACCUGCAUCCCUACGCCAAUAGCCAAGGGGCACACAUGAGCCUGCUGGAUUCGCUGCAGGGCCCCUACCCGGGGGCUGUCCACCCCCCCGUGUUGGGCCAAGACAGGUUCCCAGCAGACCUGGACCUGGACAUGUUCAACGGGAGCCUGGAGUGCGACGUGGAGUCCAUCAUCCUCAAUGACUUUAUGGACAGUGAUGAGAUGGAUUUCAACUUCGACUCGGCGCUCCCGCCGCAGAACGGGCUCAACGUGCCCGCGCUGCCCGGGGGGCCACAGCCCACGAACCAGAGCUGGGUGCCCGGGUGA